UCUUUUACUGUCCUAUUCACAGACUUUUUGUUUGACCCGGUGUUUCUCGCGUUGGGAAGGUGUCGAGUUCUCUUUUUGAGCUAAGGUCUGAUUGCAAGGCGACUGACACUCCAAACCCGUGACGUAGAAACAUGUCGUCGAAGGCUGAACUCGCUUGUGUCUAUGCUUCUCUCAUCUUGCGGGAUGACGACGUCGCGAUUACAGGAGACAAGAUCUCUACGAUCCUGAAGGCGGCCGGCGUAACGGUGGAGCCGUACUGGCCGAGUUUGUUCGCCAAGGCGCUUGAGGGCGUCGAUGUGAAAUCUCUUUUGUCCAACGUCGGCGCUGGAGUUGGCGCCGCCCCGGCAGCGAGCCCGAGUGUCGCCGCUCCAGUUAGUGGCGGUGGGGACGCCAAGCCUGCUGCGGAAGAAAAGGCCAAGAAGGAAGAACCCGCUGAAGAAUCUGACGAUGACAUGGGCUUUGGCCUCUUCGACUAACUAUGUAUCCGUGUUGAUUGAAAACGUUGCUCUGAAGUGUUUGCGGAUGUUCUGCCGUAAAUGUGAUGACCAACAAGAGAACGUUUGCUGAGUA